CUCUUCGUGGGCUCUAGCUGUCACACUCUUGUGCCCACGGGAAAGCUUGCCUGAUAAUUAAAGAAAUUCACGCAUCAAAUGGCUACUCAUGCGUGCAAAUUUUGCUGUGGGUAACAGCUGUGGAUCAGAACAGCUCAGUCAAUCCCAUGUUGCGAACCCUCGGUCGCCACCACCCACAGCAGUCGACAAGCAUUUCCUCGGUAUCCGAUAUGCGGACCACAUCAACCAUGUGUCCAUUACCAUACCGUGGGGUCGGAGCCUGAGCGGCUCACACACGAUGCUGCCACGCACCAAUUCUGCCAAUCCUAGAAAGCACGGCUCUUUGAUUCACUCCAUACAUACAUUGCCCACAUUUGAAAGGAAGCUGAUUCCUGUACAUCCCAGCACUUGCAUUACUCUUCGGAACGUCUCCUGAAACACAGCGCAUUCUUGUGAGAUUCAAGUCACUCUCAGAGAGCCACAGCAGUCAUGGGUAUCGUUGUGUUCCCGGCGCUUAUUCCAGACAUAGAGAAAGUCUAUGAUGUCUACUUUGCUGCCUUUGAGGGAGAGGAGAUGGCGAGAUUGAUAAUGAAAAUCCUAUUUCCCGGAGGAAUAACCGAGGAAUUUCGCAAAGCCCACACUGCCGCGACAUUGGCAUACUGGCAUAAAUCAAGCACACAGUACACGCUCAAAGCAGUCGACAUGGAAACGGGUCAAAUCAUUGGAAUGCUUCUCGGCGACGUCCAUCUCCUUGGACGAACGGAAGAAGAGCGUAAAUUCGCCGGUGCUCCCUGGCUUGAGGGUGAAGAAAGAGUGCGAGCGGAGAAGGUACUCAAACCACUCUGGGAAAUGCGUGAGAAGCUGUGGGGCGAUCGACCACAUAUGUACUGCCAUGUUAUUGGUGUUGAUCCCAAAAACCAGGGUCGUCAUGCUGGUGCAGCAUUGAUCAAAUGGGGCAGUGAGCAAGCUAGUUCGGCCAAUCUGCCAAUCUACUUCGAAUCCUCGCCAUCGACAGCCAAAUUGUACGAGAGACUAGGCUGUCAGAGAAUCAAGGAAACCAUUGUCCACAGCGCCGAAGUCCUAGGCACCGAUCACGACAUUGAGGUCCCUUUGAUGGUUGUCAUGCCAAAAUGUGCCAAAGGAAUGACCUUUGACGAGUGGCGUGAACGCGGCUAUCCUGCAUGGGAUACAAUAACUGAUGUCGAGAAGCCCAAGGCUCAGCCAGACUUGAAAGCACCUGUCAAGGUCGCUCAGUUGCCUGCGACUGCUUAAGUUCUGCAAAUUCAAUACUACCUACUGCUAGCACAUGAGUGAGAAUUCGAAUCAAAUCACACAAGUCAUGUUCAAUAUUAACUUGGGAAUGGGACUUUUGGCCAUGCGAAAAUGCUCGGAAGUAAUGCCAGAAACGUAAAGCUCAUGGAAUGGGCCCCUUCUGAUCACACCCUGACCUCCAUACGUAAACCUUAC